AUGUCCGAGAGUUCAUUCGGUGGUGGAUCCGGUAGUUUGAAAGAAGAAAAUGAUGAAGAAUAUGAUGAGAAUGUUGAAGAAAUCGAUACGGCUGAUUGCUCGCAAAGACUCACUCGAAUUUUAAUCCAAUUCGGCCUUUCUUUAUUCGUUUUGGGAUGUAUGGCUGGAGCGCUUGUUUGGUCAUUCAAUAAUGGUGAAAAGGGAACUGAUAAUGGGGGAAAACAUGAAAAUCACCGCGAUGCUUCGGUGAAUUUCACGAUUUUUGUCGAUCAAUGGGCGAUGGCCGGAACGUGCACUGUGACAACGAAAUCCCCUGAUGGACCAAAUAAUAAAGAAAACAGUCAAGAAUAUGAAUCAUUUUGGUAUCAAGAUGAUAAACAUAAAAGGAUUGUUCAUCGAAUCGAUGAUAAGCACACGCUUUACGUCAGAGAGAAUUUCACAUUUAACGUCGAACAAGAGGAAAUUGAUGGGGAAGUGCAACAUUGUGCUUACGAAGGGAAUCUCGGCUAUGAUUUGUACAUUGAAAGGAGUGGAUUGACGAAUCUCAUCAAACAUUAUUCCGAUAUUGAAAAAACGAAAAACCACGCACAAGUUUAUGUCUAUGAAGGAGAUCCAUCGAAGGUCUCAUUGCUGAAUUACGGUGACGCGGUCGCUUUUCUCAUUACGGCUUACGCGGAUUCUUCAUCGGGUGCUCUUCUUGGUUGGGAGACUUAUUUUGAGUCAGAUGGAACGGAUAAUCAUCUUUAUAUGGCUGCCUAUUGGUACGACGAAAUGUCUCUUUCAACUCCCGACGAGACGGUGUUUUCAAUUCCAAAGGAGUGUCAAACGAUAUUCCAAAUGCAGUCACCGUCAUUCGGCGAUUUCUCGUCAAUCCAAUGGAAAGAGCCCUCUCUUUCAUCACUUCACACAAAUCGUCUUCAUCCAAGGAAGAAACAUAGGAGCCACGGGGCAAAAUGGAGAACGAAACAAGAAGAGAAGAAAAGAAAAACGAAACAUCGAACACAUCACCGACAAUAUUAUGGAAAC